GGGACACAACUUCAUUUUUAAAGCUCCGACUUCGCUCAGAAGUUCCGGCUCUGACUCGACUCCUCGACAACUCACUUCCUCAGCCAUCCCCAGCGGGCCAAUUAGAUAGUCCCUGUGACUCCGGGCCGAAUCACGCCGGUUUUGUUGUUUUCUGGCAACCAAUUGGUCUUUUUUGGUUUUCUUUUCUGCUGCCCUCGGGUCCUCGCUUGGACCUGCCUUCCAAAUUCCUUGGACGGGUUCGCCAUGCUGCCGCCGUCGCUCUUGCGGGCUGGGGCUCCCAGGGCCCUGUCCGCCAGGCGGACUCUGCCACUGAGGAACCAGCUCCGGCUGCUCUCCACGACCCCCCGCCGAUAUGCCGAAGAGAAGCUCAACCGCGUCUCGUCCGCCAUCACACAACCCAAGUCGCAGGGCGCCUCGCAGGCCAUGCUCUACGCCACCGGUCUCACCGAGGAAGACAUGUCUAAGGCUCAGGUCGGCAUCUCGUCCGUCUGGUACGAGGGCAACCCCUGCAACAUGCACCUGCUCGACCUCUCGGCCGUCGUGCGCGACAGCGUCGCCAAGGCCGGCCUCGUUCCCAUGCGCUUCAACACGAUCGGCGUCUCGGACGGCAUCAGCAUGGGCACCACGGGCAUGCGCUACAGCUUGCAGAGCAGAGAGAUCAUUGCCGACAGCAUCGAGACCGUCAUGGAGGGCCAGUGGUACGACGCCAACAUCUCCCUGCCCGGCUGCGACAAGAACAUGCCUGGCGUCCUGAUCGCCAUGGGCCGUGUCAACCGCCCCAGCAUCAUGGUGUACGGCGGCACCAUCAAGCCCGGCUGCGGCAUGAAGGGCGAGCCUCUGGACAUUGUCAGCGCCUUCCAGGCCUACGGCCAGUACAUCGCUGGCCAGAUUGACGAGAAUCAGCGCUUCGACAUCAUCCGCCACGCCUGCCCCGGCGGUGGCGCCUGCGGUGGCAUGUACACGGCCAACACGAUGGCGACCGCGAUCGAGACCAUGGGCAUGACCCUCCCGGGCAGCAGCAGCUUCCCCGCGGAGGACCCGCGGAAGAAGGCCGAGUGCGAGGGCGUCGGUGAGGCCAUCAAGAACCUCCUCCGGGAGGACAUCCGGCCCAAGGACAUCCUGACGCGGCAGGCGUUCGAGAACGCCAUGGUGGUGGUCAACAUCCUCGGCGGCAGCACCAACGCGGUGCUGCACCUCAUCGCCAUCGCCGACUCGGUCGGCAUCAAGCUCACCAUCGACGACUUCCAGGCCGUCUCGGACCGCACGCCGCUGCUGGCGGACCUGAAGCCGUCGGGCAAGUACGUCAUGGAGGACCUGUUCAAGAUCGGCGGCACGCCGGCGCUGCUCAAGUUCCUGCUCAAGGAGGGCCUCAUCGACGGGUCCGGCAUCACGGUCACGGGCAAGACCCUGAAGGAGAACGUGGCCGACCUGCCGGGCUUCCCCGACGACCAGCCGAUCGUGCGGCCGCUGAGCAACCCGCUCAAGGCGACGGGCCACAUCCAGAUUCUGCGCGGCUCGCUGGCGCCGGGCGGCUCGGUCGGCAAGAUCACGGGCAAGGAGGGCCUGCGGUUCGAGGGCAAGGCCAAGGUGUACGACUGCGAGGACACCUUCAUCGAGGCGCUCGAGCGCGGCGAGAUCAAGCAGGGCGAGAAGACGGUCGUCGUCAUCCGCUACGAGGGCCCCAAGGGCGGGCCGGGCAUGCCCGAGAUGCUCAAGCCGAGCUCGGCCAUCAUGGGCGCCGGCCUCGGCAAGGACGUCGCCCUCAUCACCGACGGCCGCUUCUCGGGCGGCAGCCACGGCUUCCUGAUCGGCCACAUCGUGCCCGAGGCCAUGGAGGGCGGGCCGAUCGCGCUGGUGAGGGACGGCGACACGAUCGUGAUCGACGCCGAGAAGCGCGUGCUCGAUCUGGAGGUGUCGCCGGAGGAGAUGGAGAGGCGGCGGAGGGAAUGGAAGGCGCCCGAGCCCAGGGUGAAGCAGGGCACGCUGCGGAAGUAUGCCGCGCUGGUGCGCGACGCGAGCCAGGGGUGUGUGACCGACAAGCCGUGAUGAUGGGCCGGGGGUUGGAAUGGGUAGUGUGGUUGGAAGGGAUUUCGCAGGGAUCUCGUUGUACAUAGCUAUCUUUGUUUUUUAAUUGUCUGCGGUUGGGCUUGGGAAAAAAGCGCUUGCAAAUGCCAUCAUCUUGUUAACGGUCAAACGAUGGAUCAGGCUGGUUGACGUUUUGCCCGCUAAUCCAGGCCAUAGAAUCUUUGCUUCCAAAGUACAAGCCAUCGUUUAAAGUUAGGUGUUUUUGCA